AUGUCGAUCCGUCGAUAUGAAGAGCGCCAGCGUGCGUCCAGGUAUACCAUGAAACUUAUCUGCUGGAACAUUAACGGACUACAGAGCAAAAACCUCAGGCUGAGAACACUGGCCGUGUGUGACGUCAUCAACACAGAACAUCCGGAAGUUGUGUUUCUACAGGAAGUUAUUCGUCAGACGUUCUUAAUGUUGAAGAAGGAGUGCCCCCACUAUACAGUCUUACAGGCCAGUGAUAAGGACUACUUCACCGCCAUUUUGUUGAGGAAGAGUUGUGUGACAGUUGAGGAGCACGUGGUCCAUCCCUUCCCGACCAGCGUCAUGGCCAGAAAGCUGCAGACUGUCAAGUGUAUCGUGAACAACGUGCAGUGCUAUCUUAUGACGUCACAUCUCGAGAGCAUGGAUUCGCAUGACGAGGAGCGAAAGAAGCAGCUACUGGUGGCUUUACAGGCAAUGGAGAAUGUGGACAAAGACAGAGCUGUCAUCUUUGGCGGAGAUCUGAAUAUUCGCGAUAAAGAAAUAACCGAUGUCGGCGGAUUGCCAGACAAUAUUCUUGACCUUUGGGAGAUCACUGGAAGUCGACCUGAGCACCAGUACACGUGGGACUAUUGGCAAGGUCAGCUAAACCAUGUCAAGGUUGCCAAGGAAACGCGUUUCCGUUUUGACCGGAUUUAUCUCAGACGGAAUGCCCGACCAUCUCUUAUCCCUACAAACUUCAAGAUGGUCGGUUUGGAGAAGCUAUCCUCGUGUCAUGACUUUGCCAGCGAUCAUUGGGGCAUCAUGGUUACGUUUGCCAUUCGGCGACGAUAA